UUUUGGUAAACCGCAUACCACUCAAUACACUGCAUGCUAUAUUAUAUAGAGUACACACACUCCGUAGAACGUAAUUGUACGAAUGUAUAUAUAUAUAUAAUAUAUUUAUAUUGCAAUAAUCUCCUGCUACAAUUUUUUAGACGUAAUAUGACCGUGGCCACCGGAUAUUGGAGAAAUCGCUUGCACUGGUCGUUUCAGAGUCUUAGUCUACUCCGGUCGCACGGCAUGCCGAGUUGUGGAUUUGCGAGUCUCGAUAUCGGUCGGGGCGCCCAUCACAAGCAGCUGAGUUUUAGGCCGCACGCGUGACGUCGUCCGCCGUUCAGAUAUUUAUAUUUAUAUGCGUCCGAGCCAGCGGAGGCCAUCGGCAAAUUGCAAAUUCGUCCUCGACAGUAAACGUGACCGCCGUCUUAUAAUAUAUUAAUAUUAUAUAUUAUCAAGUAACAUCAAACAAGUGGCCCACGGCAUCGUCCGAUAACGUGUCCGCAACGACAUUUAUUAUGAAAACACUAAUCGAUCGGUGUGAUCGAUACCUGUCUCUAUAAUAUCUCAACAACAACUGCCACCGCCAUAACAAUUCCGAUAAAUAAGAUUUGUGUAGCAACUAGCAACAUUAUUAAUUAUUCAUACUAUUAUAAGUGACGGAACAACUAUAAUUCAUCAGAAUUUGUAUGCAGUAUUCUUUGCUCUAUCGUCAGUACAAUACAAAGUAUUAAAACUUUCAAUUCAUAUAUAAUUUAUCAAACGGAGUGCGUAGUGUGAAAAUGGAAAAAUCAUUAAAUAUAGAAGGAGAAGAAGAAGAAGAAGAAAAAGAAAAAUUAGGAACAUUUGAAGAUCCAUCUCAGUCUUUGCCGGACAAAUCAAACUUGAAGGGUGAUUGGCUGAACUUUUUUUUAUUGAUAUUAUUAUACACAAUACAAGGAUUACCUUUGGGCUUAGCCAUAGCAUUGCCGAUAAUUUUUCAAAGUAAAAAAAUGGUGACAUAUAAAGAACAGGCUUUUUUCAGUUUAGUCGCGUGGCCAUACAGUGUAAAAAUUUUAUGGGCUCCAAUAAUAGAUUCGCUGUACAUACAAUGGAUAGGCAGACGGAAAUCUUGGCUCAUUUCUGUUCAAUACUUAAUGGGGGCUUUUUUAUACUAUACCGCCACCAACAUCGACGAAUGGUUGCCUGAGUCCGAAAUACCAAAUUUCAAAAAGUUGGUGUUUACGUUUGGUGUCAUUAGUUUCUUGGCCGCAACACAAGAUAUAGUUGUAGAUGGCUGGGCAUUGACAAUGCUUAAAAAGAACAACGUGGGUCAUGCGUCCACGUGCAACGGAACGGGUGUAGCAUUAGGUGUGCUUAUUGGUACUAUUUGUCCCGUUUUACUUACGUCGGCAGACUUCUGUAAUAAAUACUUACGGACGACGGACAGCAGAGAAGGAAUUAUCACUAUAAAAGGUUUUUUGUAUUUUUGGAGCAUAACAAUUAUAUUGAUAACAACAUUAAUUGGUAUAUUCAAAAGAGAAAAGGAUAAUAGAUUAGAAGAAGGGCACGUUAAAAUUAAUGUUCUUCAAAGUUAUCAACUCCUUUGGAAAAUUUUUAAGCUGCCUAAUGUUCGUGUAUUGGCAAUUGCGUUGUUAACAAUGAAGAUUGGAUUUUCGGCAACUGAUUCUGUGUCAAACCUUAAGCUAAUUGAUGCCGGUAUAUCUAAAGAUGACAUAAUGAUAAUAACUAUAUCCAUGUACAUAGUUAAAAUGAUUGUACCUCUCAUUGUGUCAAAAUAUACUUCAAGUACAAAACCGAUGAGUGCAUAUAUGAAAUUAAUGCCAAUCAGGUUACUUUGGAGCAUUCCUUAUGUUGUAUUAAUUUACUAUACACCAAUUUUGAUUAAAAGUAAUGGUGUUUUAAAUGUACCAACAUAUUAUUAUUUGAUUUUAGUAUUUAUAUGUAUAGUACAUGAGAUUUUAGCAUUCACUAUGUACCUUUUUACAUUAGGCUUUUUCUCUCGGAUAUGUGACAAACGUUUUGGCGGUACAUACAUGACGAUGUUGUCAACAAUUGCCAGUUUUGGAUGGGUUUUAUCAAACACUUUGGCAUUACGAAUGAUUGACGUGUUAUCGUUUAGUAAAUGUUCAAAUAACGAUUCAAAUAAUUGUUCUACGAUACAAUUAAAAAACACGUGCAAAUUAAAUAAUGGUGAUUGCAUCAGUAUUGUAAAUGGUUACUACAUAGAAGUUGUAGUGUGCAUGAUAAUCGGAUUUGUUUGGUAUUUUUCGUACAAAAAAACCAUAAAAAAUCUUCAAACAAAAAGUGCUUCUAAUUGGCAAUUGGACUUAAGUUAAUCAGAUCAAGAAAACCACGAAUGUUAACAACUUAAACAACUUAUAAUUUUGAAAACACAUUAAUUAUAAAACAUUCAAAAAUAUGUAAAAAUUUAUGUAUAUUGUGCUUGUAAUAAAAUAUAUACUAUUGAAUUUUA